AUGAGUGAAUCAAGCGAGGCGUUGAAGGCAGCCAAGAUACAGCGUCGAUCCGCAAAGGCUGCGUUGACAAGACUGGGAAAAGCGCUGAAUCAUCUGUGCGAGAACGAAAGACCGGCUGAAGAGGUAGGCAAUUAUCUCAUUAAAGUAGAACAAGCCUUUGAUAACGUGGUUUCAAAACACGAGCUAUAUGCAAUUUUAAUUGAUCAAGAUGAACAGUUUGAACAGGAAGAACAGUGGUUAGAUGAAUGUCAAACAUUCUUUUUAAAACUUGAUAUCGAUGCAAAGUGUUAUAUAGAAAAUGUUUCUGCAAAAAUUAGCAAAAGUAGCCUGGACGAAAACCCGCAAAAUUCCUUAGGAAUGAUUGGAAUGCAAAACACACCGAGCGCAAGUAAUACGAGCCCUGAAAUUUCCGAGCCAAGUAUCAGCAAUGAAAACAAUGUGAUUGACAUUUCGACGCCCCAGGAAAAUCCUAGCAUUAAUGACGAAGUUUCUAUCAAAUCGGUCAACAGCCCACGUGAGUUUCUACAAAAUAAUCUUGAACAAAACGCAAGGCAAAGCGCGUCCCAACCAGAAGUUAGUAAUGAAGCAGGACCUGCUUAUAAUUCCACCCCAUGUGGUUUCCGAAUGGAAAAACCAAAAUUGCCCAAAUUUUGUGGUGACGUGCGGGAAUAUGCAAUUUUUUGCGCAGAUUUCAAGCACGCGAUCGAAUCAAGAUAUUCGAAAAGAGACGCGAUAACAUUGCUACGUAUUUGUCUGAAAGAAAAGCCGCUUGGGCUAAUAAAGGGAAUUGGUUCCGACUAUGACGCGGCAUGGGAAUAUUUAGAUUCAAUAUACGGGGACCCGCGGUUUGUUUCUGACACCAUUACUCAGGACAUAGCAAAAUUUAAACCGUUAGAAGAAGGCGAAGAUGUGCGUUUUUGCGACCUUGUUCAUUUGGUGAGACGUAGCUAUAACACACUAAAGGAGGUUGGCGUUCCGAGCGACAUGGACAACAGCCACAUGCUAUCAAUAAUUGAACAAAAGAUGUGCCCAGAUGAUCGAAAGGUUUGGUCAAGAGAUUUAGAAAGAGAGCGAAAACCAGCAACGCUGAAUGCUUUGAUGACGUGGAUGACGAGCGAGAUGAAGUCGCGCAUGCGUGCGACAGCUCCAGUUAGAAGUGGUUUAACAAAUCGACGCAAAAUCAAUCACUUGCACGGCGAAAUCGAAGGCGGGAAUAAGAGCAGAAACAGGUGUUGGCUGUGCAACAACUCAAGUCACUGGCCAGACCAGUGUCAGAAGCUUGCAGCAAUGAGUGUUGAAGAGCGACUCGUGGUGGCGAAAGAGAAUCACGUCUGUUUCAGCUGCUUAAAGAAAGCGGGUCGAGAUCAUCGUCAAGCAAACUGCAGUCGGCGAAAGCAAUGCAACAAAGUUGAGAACGGAAGCCAGUGUACCUUCAGCCACCAUCCUUUGCUACAUAAAUCGAGCGCAGUGGGUGCCACUUUAGCAUCUGUUACCAGCCAGAAAGAUUCUAUGUUGCCAGUGAUUGCUGCCAACAUCUGCGGUCCAAACGAGUUGUACAAGCGUGGGAACGUCCUUCUGGAUUCAGGAGCGAAGAUAAGUUUAAUACGGAGCGAAACAGCAGAUAACCUCGGACUGAAAGGGAGAGAACAUCUCAGUGAACAUAAUCAAAGUAGGUGGAGAAGAGGAAUCAAUUCAUACGAAAAUUUACAAAGUACCAGUAAGCGGAAUCGGAGACCCAAAGAAACAUUCUGUGAGAGCAAUUGGUAUUCCAUGUAUUAG